AUGAAUAGAAAUUUGAUGCAAACGAAGUGCCGCGUGUCAAAGGAUCAUAUACAUUAUUUACAACGAAUCCUGCUUGAGCUACAGAUUAUCCUAAAAGAAGAAGAUGGCGGCUCAGAAAACAACAUCUUAGGAGUUUGGCACGACAGGUUUUGCCCUUCGGUAUUUUUGUAUCUGAGUAGUAUCGUUCCGGCCAUUUGGUUGUUGGAAUUAGAUCAAGUGGCGCGCAAACUCAACAUCAACAACAGCAACAACAAUAAUAGCAACGAAAAUAUUUUAAAAGAGGUUGCUGAGAACUUAGAUUUACCUGCAUUUAAUAUCGAUCCGGACACAUGGAUUACACUGAUCGAGCAAUUUUUAAUGUUGAUUUUAAUCGUUGGACGUUGGAUGUUGCCGAAAGGCGAUUUGACGCGUGACCAGUUGAGCCAAUUGCUAUUGGUUUACAUAGGCACUGCUGCUGAUAUCAUGGAGUUUUUCGAGUCCUACAAAGAUGUCAACAUUAUAAAAAUACCGCUACUGGUUUUUCUAACUCUGGGAAUUUGGUCCUGGAGCUUAAUGCAAUUCACAAUUGUACUAUCAGCGACGAGAGCACGUCGGCCGCGCGGUAGUGGCCUACAUCAUAAUGACGGAGCCACUGACUGCUGUGACGGCUGCUGUUGUGGCAUCGAUGUCUGGGCUAUUGUGCUCAAUGUGAUAUUGCAGGAUGCGCCAUUCCUAACGCUACGGAUGCUGAUUAUUUUCCAGUAUAAAAUUCUAAAUUAUAUGAGCGCGUUUUUUACAUGUAAAAAUACUUUAGUAAUUGUUUUGCAGUUGUAUCGUCUCUAUGUAGUAAAUGCCGAAUUCUGGAAGAAUCGGCGCGAGCAAAAGUCUGGUGGCAAUAAAUCGCAGCAUUACAAAUCGCGUCGCCGCGCCCAAGAUCCGGAUGCGAAUAGCAUUUAUAUGAUAUCAACAGAACGUGGCACCGACGUCAAGCGGAAGAUACAAAAAGCGCGUGACUAUGCGGAGGAUGAGUUCGUUACGCGCAAAAAGAACAAAAAGGAUAAAUCCAAAAAUCACAAGCGCAAGGACACCGGCUACUCUACUGCCAGUUCACAAAAUCUUUAUUCUACGAAAAUUGUUGAUGAGCGCAGCAAUCGCCACAAGGAUAAGAAGGGCGGCAAAAAGGCCAAGAAACGUGAACGCAGCAACUCGUCCAUUGAAAGUGACAUAGUUGAAGUGAGGAAGGCAAAACGUGGCGCUACCAGCGGCGGCGGCGGUAAAAAAUCGGAUAAGAAGGACAAGAAAAAAAAAUCGAAAAAAAUUGAACCCGUCUUGGAGGAGACCAGCAGCUCCAGUUCGUCGACAACACCGAGCAGUUCAUCGGAUUCCAGCAAUUCUACAUUGCCCAGUUAUGAAGUGAUCGCGGAGCGUAAAUUGAAACGUCACAAGCGAUCACAUAGCUCAUCGGAGAGCACUUCCACAGAUUCAUCGGAUACAACAACAUCGUCGUCAUCGUCAACGUCGUCGUCAUCAUCAUCGUCGUAAAUGUAAUUACAAAACAAAAAAAAGGAAAACAAAAAAAACCCAAAAAGACACUCAAAUACACACAUGAAUGCAAUUAUUGUAAUUACGCUUGCUGCGAUGUGUUGUUGUUGCCUUAUUGCUGUUUUGAUGACGAUAUUUGUACAGACAUACAUUCAAAUGCAUGGAUCUCCACAGUUGUAAUCAGAAUUCGAAGAGAGAACAGCACUAACAUUUGGCAGUAGCCAAUAAAAGAUGGUUUCGUUUGUUUUUAUAAAUUUAGAAAAUGGGCACUUGGAGGCGUGUAAACGAUCCUGAAAGAUAAUAAAAUUUAUUGUAAAUUUGAGAAAUGAUUUUAUAGGAGUGAUGAGCGAUGCAUUUGUGGCAUCUAAAGCGAUAUUUUGUACGAUUUAUACGACCCUGUUUUGUAAAGGAAAAUGCGUUUAUCUACGCAGGUAAACCUUAUUUGAAAUUACAGGUAUCCCUCGUAUAACGCGAUAGUUACGUUCCAGAAGAAUUGCGCGUUAUGUAAUUCCGCGUUAUCUAAAACAUAGUUUUCAUAUAAAUUUGGGGGUUAUGUUCCAAUAGGUUUUUUUUUAAUAAAAUACAUACAAAAUAACAGAUGCACAUAUAUUUCAACUCAAUACUAAAGUUCAGACUUUCUUAUACAAUUAAAAACACAAAACAAAAAAUUUAAAAACAAACUAAAACAAAUUAAAGGUUUAUUAAAAACUUUAUUGUUAUUCUUCAAACUUCAUAUGGUAAUAUAAUUAAUCUGUUUCACUGUCUUCAAAGAUCUUUGCACGUGGGCGUUUUGGGGGAGCAAUAGCUUCAUCAGAAGAUAUUUCUUCAACAUAGUUUUCGCUAUUGGAUAAGAAACUAAUUGUGGGACCUAGUGGUUCUUCUACUGGUUUUAUAAUUGCAAAAUCUGUUAUCAGUUUUUGGUGGGUGGUUUUUUUAAGUUCCUUUUCAAUUUCGUAAUAAGGUGCUAGAUUAAUAUCUAUUCUAUCUAUCUAAGGCAAAAAAGGGUAAUUCCCGGUUUACAUUAAAAAUUCAUUACAUAUUAUAAAUAUGUGGUACGCAAAUUAGUGUUACCAGAUUUUAUAAUUAUGUAUUUUCCCCUCGCGUUGUACUGAAACCUAAUUUUUCCAAAUCGCGUUAUAUCGAAACCGCGUUUUAUAAGACCGCGUUAUACAAAGGAUACCUGUAUUUGUAUGUAUUGCAUAAAUGUAUGCACAUACAUUCGUAGGUUUAAGCGAAUUUA